UAGCGCGCAGGAAACGGCUGACUGGCUGGCCUCAUUGCAGGCAGCAUAAAGGAGACGUUCACGUCUCUCCGGCAAAAAAAAGGGGGAAAAAAAAUCUUCAUGUCUGGAAGAAGUCGACAGUGAUCCGCGCGGCUAGGCUAGGCUAAGGCUGGGCUGGGCUUGGCGGAGGGGACGGUUCGGAAGGCAGCCGAACCUCCAUAAGCGGGCCUUGUUUUUUUCUGGGUGAUCUUGCUGAAACUAACACAAGAACCGCUUCGUCCUGUCGGUUUUUUUCGCGAGUUCUAGAUGGAACAUUCGAGUUAAUUAACCGUGGAGGAAAAGAACAGCAGUAUCAAACAGUCAACGACACCUAGAAGCCUGGUUCUUCUUCUUCUUCCUUCACCUCACCGAAUUGGUACCAUGGCAGCUACUUUAUCGCCCGAGGAAGAACAGGCCACCAAACAGUUCUUAGAGGAAAUCACCCUAUGGACCAAUCAGCAUGGCGUCUCUCCGCUCUCCAGGGAAUUGGCAGUCAAGUUCCUCAUGGCGCGCAAGUUCGACGUCUUCCGAGCAAUUGAACUCUUUCACAGCUACAGGGAAACGCGUCUUAAAGAAGGAAUCGUCAGACUUCAACCUCAGGAAGAACCUCUGCGUUCCGAGCUGCUCAGUGGAAAGUUCACAGUGCUGAGUGCACGGGAUCCAUCAGGAGCUUCCAUCGCCUUGUACACUGCCAAACUUCAUCAUCCAAACAAGACUGGAAACCACGUCGUUCUGCAAGCACUCUUUUACCUUCUGGACCGUGCCGUGGAGAGCUUUGAGACCCAAAGGAAUGGCUUGGUGUUCAUUUAUGACAUGGCCGGUUCCACCUACACAAAUUUUGAGCUGGACUUGAGCAAGAAGAUUCUCAACUUACUUAAGGGAGCGUUCCCCGCCAGGCUGAAGAAAGUGUUGAUUGUUGGGGCCCCGGUGUGGUUUCGGGUUCCCUACAACCUGCUCAGUCUUCUACUGAAGGAGAAACUUCGGGAACGGGUUCAAAUGGUGAAGAUGGCCGAGCUCCGCCAACACCUCCCCAAGGACUGCCUACCCCAGCACCUGGGCGGCCUUCUUCCCUUGGAUGCCUUUAGCUGCAACCAGCAGCUUCUAGCGGGGCAAAAUGGUCGCGUGGACCCCGUGGAUGAACUGGUGGGCAUCCCCCUGGAGGACUCUUCCGUUCACAUCCCGGGACCCGAAUCCAUGCGUCCUCAGGAGCUGCUGACUCAUCUUGGCAGGCUUCAGCGCUCCGGCAUCCAUCAGGAGUAUGAGGAGCUCCGGAAGGAAGCUCCACCUGGAACAUUCCAUUGCGCACAAGCUGUCUACAAUCUGGAGAGGAAUCGAUACGGAGACGUUCUGUGCCUUGAUCAAACAAGAGUCCGUCUGAAACCAAGAAGAAACGAGAGAUCUGACUACAUCAACGCCAGCUUCAUGGAUGGCUAUAAACAGAAGAACGCAUAUAUCGGUACUCAAGGUCCAUUGGAAAAGACGUACGGGGACUUCUGGCGAAUGGUUUGGGAGCAAAAUGUGCUUGUUGUUGUCAUGACAACCAGGACAGAGGAGGGCAGUCGAAGGAAGUGUGGACAGUACUGGCCUCUGGAUGAAGGUGGUCAGGAGGUCUAUGGCCACAUAGCAGUGGUGAAUCAAAGGGUGGACCACCACACGCACUACAACCACACCACCCUAGAGCUGCACAACACUGAGACAUGUGAACAGAGGCAAGUGAGUCACUUCCAGUACCUCAGCUGGCCGGAUUACGGCGUCCCCACUUCGGCAGUGACUGUCAUCGACUUCCUGGCGGCCGUGAAGAGACAGCAGUGGAAUAUGAUCAAGUCUUUGGGAUCUCGGUGGACGGGGCACCCACAAGGACCUCCCAUUGUUGUCCAUUGUAGUGCAGGGAUUGGGAGGACAGGUACCUUCUGCGCCCUGGACAUCAGUCUGUCACAACUCCAAGACGUGGGCUCUCUGAACGUGUGCCAAACGGUGCGACGCAUGAGAACGCAGAGGGCCUUCAGUAUCCAAACUCCAGACCAGUACUACUUCUGCUACAACGCCAUUUUGGAGCAUGCCCAACGCCACGGCCUGCUUCCGGCCAAUCAGUGAGACCCCGCCUCCUCGAUAAUUCCCUUCCCAGAAUUCUGCUGUUCCUCUGAGACGCGUCUUGGAACUCGCAGUCCUUUUCUUUCCUGGGACCAUUCGUCAGCAUGUGACAAAGUAUGUGUGCUAGAUGUCCAGAAAACAGGUGUGUGGAGAUUUGGCUGUUGUUUUACGGUCCUAACGGAUGGCAGAAAAAAAAGCUAGCUGUGUUAUAACCAUUUUUAGCACAUCCACAAUUAUGGGAGUGAUUGACGUUCUUCCUCCCAAAUUUGGGAAUUCCUACAAAAAAGCGUAAAUACAAAUAACAACUAUAAUAAUUACAACAUUCCCAUUAGGCUUUGGCAAAAUCUUGUAGCAUCGUCGUGUGUUAAGAGCACAAAACAAACAAACAAAAAACACGAAUAGGUAAAUUCGGGAUAAGUUACCCGUGAAUUGUUGGGUGUUAUUUUAAAAAUAUUUUUGUGGCAAUUAUUCUUGUGGGGGAAACUCUUCCUUUUAUAACUAGAUGCACAAUUUUCCUGAGAUGGGAAACCUGGCCGAUAAGUUGCUCUUUACAGUAUUUAGCCGUUUUAUUAAGCGCAAGUUGGGUGUCAGAGUAGCUGCUACGGGCCAGAUGUGAAAGACCACGUGUGAUAUUUUCCCGUCUGUCGCACAAUAAGACGCACAACCAAUCCACUCACACGUGACCAUGAUGCGUUCCACUCAUUUAGGAUAUAGCUUAUCCUUUUAACCUAAGGGCAGUCAUUUAACCCAACAUGUUACCCAGUGGAAAUCCACACAAGCACGGGAGAACAUGCCAACUCCGAACGAGAAGGUGGGAAUCAAACCCGCAUCUUCAUUACUGUGAAGCAAAUGUGCUCACCACUCUUUACAUUACCUCCAAGAAAAGCAGUGUAAAGCACUGUUCAUUCAUCAAAUGAGACUUCAUAAGUGGUGCAAUAGUUUUCCUCUUACAAACAUACACACACAAAAGGAUAAAAUUAGGACCACACUGAAAAGAAGUACCAUACUUUAAAAAAAACAAAACAAAAAAAACAGCUUUUUUUGUGUGUGGACAAAUUCACAACUUAAGUCUCAGGAAAUUGUUUUUAAAAACUUUCUUCACUUGUGUUUUCCCGUAUUUUGAUAAUUCUGCUAAAUAUGGAUUCAGUUUCAUUAAAUCCAUUUUUUUCACUUUUCUUUUUGUGAUAUAGUGAAAGUUUAAAAGAUGCAUCAUGUUGAACCUUUUUUUACAGAUGUUUCUUGUAAUAUUACAACCAUUCAUUUAAUUACGAUUUUAUAUUUUCAUAUAUAUUUUUUUUAAUUCUGCAACUAUAGAUUCCCAUAAAAUUAAGAUUUCCUCAUUGAACUAAAAUGUAGUAAAAUUGUGUUUUCUAUUGUCUUUGUUUUUUCUUCUCUUGGUAUUGUGUCAAGAUUUUUGUCUCCUAAAAAUUCCUAAAAGAAGUCUAUUAUACUGAUAUAAAUCUGCGCCACAGGAAUUUGAAUUUUUAUUUUCCAGCAUCAAAAUUAGUUUAUCAGUUAUUAGCCCGAUAAAAGCAUUUUAAAAUGAUAUUUGAUAAUGGCAACAUUGGUUGCUCAUUAUUGGUUUUGGGCCUAAAUGCAUGUUGCCUUCGAAGUGAAUGUAGAAGCCUUCUGCCUUUGUACAAUGGCUGGUCACAGCGUGGCACAGCAGUUAUGCUUAUUGACUAUUAGAUGUCUCCAAACAAAGAUGUUUGGGAUUUGUUCAGUGAAAUUAUCAUUAUUAAAGCAUCCUGUCAGGCAUCACUAUACAAUUAACCAUGAUAAGCAGGACUCCAGGCUGGGACCAAAUGGUCGCAUUUUGCGACUAAAAUUAGAGCCAAUGUGAGUAUUUUUUUUCCAUCUACUCGCACAUGCGCGACCAGUAAAAUUGCGGGGCGGGGGGUGCUAACAAACGCCUUCACAGAUAAAUCCACUAGUUGGCGAUAACGUACGAGCUGGUUUGCCAAGGGAAAAUAAAAAAGAAGUAAAAGAAGGUGGACAAAGUGUGAAGUGGUCGCUGCUUGGCCAGCGGCGGGGUCGGCCCCUACCGACUUGAUGCCGAGUAAACUGGAGUAUACAAAAAAUGCAUAGGGGAAAAUUAAACCACGAAAGAGAACCGUAUGGUCCCCAAAGUCACACAGGUGUGCGAUCGCUUUCACUUUUGUGACUUUUUGGUCUUAAAUCCUCGCCACUUCUAGGAGAGGGAGACUCAUGAAAUGGGUGCCCGGUAUCGGCCACUGUUACGCACACGUCCCCCUGAUCGUCUUGCGUUUCCGCUUCCAGGGCAUACAUGCAGCACCACACCAUUUUUCUAUAUUUGAUAUUUUCCACGUGGUGAGUGUGCAAUUGCGCAACGAUUGUAAAAUCCCAAGUAACGAUGUUAGACUUUCUUUGUCGUUUUCUCAAGAUUCAUUUCAAUCGAAAUUCGGCGGCUGCUUGUAAAAGCAGAGCGUGACCACGCUCUCCCUCCCGUGUGAUGCUUUCAAAUGCGUUCACGAAAGAAACAGUGCUCACAAAACGGACUUGGACAAGCUGGCAACAGAACAUAGAAUAUAAAGUGUAUACAUAAGGAAUGUCCCGAUCGCAUAUUUUUGCACACGAGUCAGAGUCACCUGAUUUUCAAAAUCUGCCAAUACGGAGUCCCAAUCAGAUACCGACUUUUUUUUUUUUUUUUUUUUAACAUGUUAUUGUCCCAACCAAUUGUUUUUAAACAAGAAUAACGUACAAAAAUACUUGCCUUCAUGAAAUGCUUCAUUGAGUGAGUCCACUCAAAUCCGCUCACGCUGCUGAGAACAACGCACACACAAUGAAUGUUCACUUACACUACUGCUAUGUUUAACAAACAUGCGGCCUCUUUCAAGUCUAGCGCUCCCAGGCUUCUCUGGCAACAUCAAAGCUUCAAAGCUGUCACUCAUUGUUAACUUUAACAAGCAAGAAAAAGAAAAAGAAAAGCAGCAGGAGUGCGAGUGAAUGCUUUACGCGCAUGAAGCAAAGAAACAUAAAUAUAUUUCUUUUAAUUAAAAAGCCGAUCCUUUUCGGCCGAUUCCACUCCUCUGAAAAAUGGCGCGAUCGGCCUGAAUUCCAAUCACGUGAUCGGAUUGGGACAUCUGUAAUAUACCGUAUACGUACAUAGAUACACACACACGCACACACCGUAUGGGUCUCAUGGAAUGACAUUUUAAAAUAUGUUGGGUGUAUUGGCUCUCUCGGUCAAAAAGGUUCCCAAACCCUGGCUUAAACCCAUUACUAUCUUUCGAUUCUGCUUUUUAAACUUUUUGAUAUAUAUAUAUAUAUGUAUAUAUGUAUGUAUAUAUAUAUAUAUAUAUAUUAUAUAUUUUAGGGCUAUCAAACAAUUACAAUUUUUAAUCGAGUUAAUCACAGCUUAAAAAUUGAUUAAUCGUAAUUAAUCACAAUUCAAACCAUCUAUACAAUAUGCUAUAUUUUUCUGUAAAUUAUUGUUGGAAUGGAAAGAUAAGACACAAGACUGAUACAUACUGUACAUAAGUACUGUAUUUGUUUAUUAUAACAAAUCAGCAAGAUAGCAUUAACAUUAACAUUCUGUUAAAGCGAUCCAUGGAUAGAAAAACUUGUUCUUAAAAGAUAAAUGUUAGUACAAGUUAUAGAAAUUUUAUAUUAAAACCACUCUUAAUGUUUUCGUUUUAAUAAAAUUUUUUAAAAUUUCAAUCAAAAAAUAAACUAGUAGAUCAUAAAAUCAAUCGCACCCAAGCACCAGCAGAGGGCGUCAAAACACCAAAAAACAAGUAACACGUGGACAUGACACUGUGCUGUCAUUUAAUCUGUUUGAGCGAGGCAUGUGCGUUAAUUGCAUCAAAUAUUUUAACGUGAUUAAUUUUGAAAAAAUUAAUUACCGCCCGUUAACGCUAUAAUUUUGACAGCCCAAAUAUAUAUUUAUUUUUUGUCACAAUUGGGACACUCCGCAUCCAUGGUACAGCUGGGUCUUCCUAAAAAUAAAUAAAUAAGAAAGUCCCAUGUUAGCUAACAGCAGUAGCCUAUACUGGUUGAUAUCAAAACUGAUAGAGAAUACAGAUUCAUAAGUUUGUAGUUUUAUACAUUUAUUAUUAAAGUAUUAGAUGAAAACUUUGCAUGUCGAUUUACUGUGUGCGCCCCUGAAUCUUCUGCAUGUGCCCCUAAAAUUUUAAGUUAGGGGCUACUGUGUUCUUAGUAAAAAAUGUUAGUCUGGAGCCCUGAUAUGUUAAGUCUACGACUGCAUAUAUCAGUAUCACUUUGAUAUCGGUAUCAGAUUUUUAGAGUUGGACAACAUCUGGACAGUAUCACUUUGAUAUCGGUAUCAGAUUUUUAGAAUUGGACAAUAUCUGGAUAUCGUUUAUCAGUUAAAAAGUUAUCAGACAACUCUAAUCGAAAUUAUAAUUUUUUCGGCAUCAUAAUUCAAACUAAAGGAGCACUUUCUGAGAACAAACAUCUCCGCCUAAGUACAAAUUCAAAGCAUCGUCAUAUUUCUGGCCUCUAUCACAUUUGACCUUUGACCCUUUCUCAUCAUCACAUCACUUCACUUCACCUGCACAUCGGAGUAAAAUUGGUGAAUCCCUUUACCAAGAAAUGCCUUUUCUGAUCUCUGCAACCUAUGACCUUAUGACCCUAAAAUUGAAUCACAUCUUCCAUUUUAUAUUACAAACAAAUCUUGAACCCAAACAUACAGACAAUAAGGAACUGAUUACAUACUCAGCAUUCCGACUGGCAGAGGUGAAAAUUCAACAAAUUUUUGCUCCUGAUUUUUUCGCAGCUGAAUUUUAUUGCUGGAAAAAAAAAUUCUGUGAUAGAAAUUCAAACUUCGGUGGCACAGAUUUACUUCCAUACUAUUGACAUAAACUUGAGAUUUGUUUCCACUCAUAUUUCAACCUACCUCUCGUAAAAUCUUGUGUAUUUUUUCUUCAGAGAUUACAACUAUCAUCUCCAUAAAUUGGGGUUUUACUUAAAAUUCAACAGUCUGACAAAAUUCAAGAAAAUCACCGUACUUUUGAGAAAACGUUUUGCCUCUUCAGUGUGGCCCUAAUUUACAUAUUUGUCGCACACACAAAACACUGCCUUAGCACUUUUCACUGAGAGCCCCAAUAUUUUGCAAAUGUCUGCAAUGAUAUAUGUAAAGUUAAUAUAAAUAUGAACCAUUUAUUGACCUCAAGAGUCUCCAGAAUGCACACGCGUGCCUACCUUAAGUCCCAAGUGAUGUGUGAGACCCAUUUCCAAUCUGUGUGUAUGUGUGUUGCUUUUAAGUUCCCCAACUGUGGUUGUAAAUGUGUGCUUUCAUCUGGCGUCAUUGUUUUAAAGUAUAUACUGUAUGUACAAUAUCAGAGUAUACUGUGUGUCAUGAACCAUGUGGUUGCCGGGUCAAAAAAAAAACGUUUUGCUUUUGUUUUUUUGUUGUUGUUUUUUUACUACAGAAUUCAUAUUGAAUUUACAUGUAGUGAAACAUUUUUGUCAGCUGUCAAGAUUAUUAUUCCUUGCUUUCAAAAACCGAAAUGUGGCCUAUUUUUAUUUUUUUCUAUGCUAUUCAACCGUUGUUUUCAUACAUGAUAUACAGUUAUCUACAUUAAUUUUAUAUUUGUUCCGUUAUAACCUUAUUACUGUAUUUUAUCGUUCUUGUGAAUACUGAAUCAAGCUAUACUGUAAUAAAAUCUGUCAAUGUGUUUGGCUUGUAUUAUUCUUGAAAUAUGAGUUUUGUUUUGUUU